UUCCGGCGCCGCGCGGCAUGGUGGGAGUGGGGCGGCCGGGAGCCGGGAUGGUGGGCGAGGAGGAGGAGGAGGAUGAGGUCGCGGUCCCCGACUGCUUCCGCGCCUACUCGGAGACCGAGAAGCACUGGCAGGCCCGGCGCGCCUUCCUGCUGCGCCACCUGGCCGCCGACGGCACGCCCGCCGCCGCGCGCCUCGACCAGCUCCUCGCGCUCUCCAUGGUCUGGGCCAACCACGUCUUCCUGGGCUGCAGCUACAGCCGAGACCUCCUGGACAAGGUCAUGGACAUGGCUGAGGGAAUCACAGUGGAAGACUCCCCCCGGUUCACCACCAGGGACGAGCUGAUGAGGAAGUAUCAACGUUAGUGCAUGGGAGAAGUUUCAAAUUUCCAUCGUGACACAGGAUCAGUUUAAAGGAGGAUCCAGUUUUAACUGAACAUACUGUUUCUAAAAGGACUCUCAAUAUGAUGGACAUUCGAGAAAGGAUUGCUUCUGAUUUUUUCUUUUUUUAAACUCCCAAACCAGCUUAUGGUAGAUGUCUAUGAUCAAAACUUUUAAAACUAAGAAAAUUGGGUUUUUAAUAAAAACAGGUUUACAAUCACAGAUUUGUAGAUCAAAGAAAACAUUAUGCAGGGAUCUGUUUUUUCCUUUCACAUAAACACAUGGAUCUAGACGAACUCCCAGAAAAGGCCCAUGCAGGUGAGAUGGGGAGCUGUGGCAUGUCCUCAGUCUUUUAGGUACAAGUCUGUGUGAUGCCUAGCAAGUCUGAUUUAGGUUGAUCGGUCCUGGGGAGUACUUACUCACAUAGCACACAUCCCCAACCAGACAGCUGGAGGUCUCACUCUUUACCCUCCUUGAGAGAUGUUUUAAUACUGUUUAGAGCAUUGACUAACACUGCUUCUCCACUGUCUUUAUUCUGUGUGAUGAGCGAGGGCAUGUUGUACAACAAGGUUGCUACACUACUGCUUUUCUUCUACAGGCACCUAAUACCCAUUUCUCAACUAGUAUGCCUGCACCACUACUGUGUUCUUCUGGUUUUGUUCCAGUGCCUCUUAAGUCACUGGAAUGGUAUUUGGAUUACUGUGUAAUUUAAUCAAUAUGUGAUUUUUUUUUAUUUUUUUUUUAAGCAAUGAAAUUGCUAAUCUUUAUUAAAAAGAGAAUUCUUUGUCUUGCA